AUGCUGAUGUUUUCAUCAUACGUUAUUGCUUUAUUAAGCAUCGUUGGUCUUGUCUUAACUAAUCCUGUUAAACAGACAUUGUCAAGUGAAAAACCUGAAAAUAUUUCAUUAGCUCAAGCUUUUCAUAGAGCUGAAAAAACAGUCAAGCGUUAUUCAUACCUAAUCAAUUCUGAUACUGAUUAUCUUGUUCAUGGUAUAUUACAAGUUUUAAUGAAACAUCCAACAUCAUUUACAGUAAUUCCACGUCAUGCAGUGGAUAUAAUAUUUAACAAUGUGGCAGACAAAUUGGGUAAUGAUGAUGUUGAGACUAUAGCAGCACCUAUUUUACUUAGCAUUGAACAAAAUUAUCAACGAAAAGUUGAACAAUCAUCUCCAGUUGAAUUAACCGAUGAAACCAAAGAAAAAAUUGAAGAAGCAUUGGACAACUUUUUAGAUGGAGAAUUUAAUCGUCAUUUGUGA